UCACGCCUCUUUGGACCCUCAUUCAGAGUGAGACAGACCAGCAAAGGCUAAGCAUAAGCAACUUCUUUCUAUCGUGGCUGCUUUUCGUUAUUUACCGUCUACAACAAUCUACGAUUGUUUUCUUAGCCUCGUGCACAUUUGCUAACGUAUCCUUUGAGUGUCCCACCGUCAGCAUGUCCUCAGACGCAUCAUCUCCUGUGAAGUCCACCACCCCUCCUCUGUCCCCACUGUCUCCUGUCUCUCCAGUUUCACCCAGCUCUCUGCGUCUGCCUGCCUGCCGCCAAAGAGACCGAUCACCCUCCCCCAUGAGGGGCUACCUGAUUCCCAGCCCCCUGCCCACCCGCCGCAACCGCACCUGCUCAGCUGCAGCGCGUGCAGCCGAGGGGCCGGUCUUCACUGGGGUCUGCAAGUGCUUUUCACGUUCCAAAGGACACGGUUUCAUCACGCCAUCAGACGGAGGCAAUGACAUCUUUGUGCACAUAUCUGACAUCGAUGGUGAAUAUGUGCCUAUGGAAGGUGAUGAAGUUAGCUACAAGAUCUGCUCUAUUCCACCCAAACAUGAGAAGAUCCAGGCCGUGGAGGUGACCAUCACUCAUUUAGCACCAGGCACGAAGCAUGAGACCUGGUCUGGAGCGGUGGUUGAAACAUGAGAUCCUCUCUUAACUCUGAACUGUGUGAUAGUGAUGUUAAAAUGGGUUUCUGUUCCUUUUCUGGGGGGGGG